AUGCUGGAGACCUAUAUGAACCUCACUGCUAUAGGGUACAAUUGGGAAGAUGUCGAAGUUGAAGAACAUUGUCAAAGUUCUCAAAAACGUGGAAGGAAUGAAAGAAGCCAUACUACAGAGAAAUCAUAUGGAUAUAUUGAGUGUGGUAAAGCCUUUGUACGUUAUAGUCAUCCUCAAAGGCAUGAAAAAACACACACUGGAGAGAAAUACUAUGAAUAUAAUCAAUGUGGUAAAACCAUUGUACAACACAGUAAUCUUCAAAGUCAUGAAACUACAUACAUCAUUAAAAAACCUUAUGGAUGUAAUCAAAGUGGCAAAGCCUUUGCUCAUUGGAAAGUAAUUCUACUGCAUAGAAGAAAAGAUUCUGGAGAGAAACCCUAUGAAUGUAAUCAAUGUGGUAAAGCCUUUACAAAGCCCAGUCAUCUUCAAGUACAUAAAAGAACACAUACUGGAGAGAAACCCUAUGAAUGUAAGCAGUGUGGUAAAGCUUUUUCAUGUUACAGGAUUCUUCAUAUGCAUAAAAGAACACAUACCGGAGAGAAACCCUAUGAAUGUAAUCAGUGUGGUAAAGCCUUUGCUCAAAACAGUUCUCUUCAAAGGCAUGAAAGAACACAUACUGGAGAGAAACCUUAUGAAUGUAAUCAAUGUGGUAAAGCCUUUGCUCAACGUAGUGCUCUUCAAUUGCAUGAAAGAACACAUACAGGAGAGAAACCCUUUGAAUGUAAGCAAUGUGAUAAAGCCUUUGCACAGCACAAUUAUCUUCAAUUGCAUGAAAAAACACAUACAGGAGAGAAACCAUAUGAAUGUAAACAAUGUGGUAAAGCCUUUGUACAGCCCAGUCAUCUUCAAGUACAUAAAAGAACACAUACUGGAGAGAAACCGUAUGAAUGUAAACAAUGUGGUAAAACCUUUGCACAGUCUGGUUCUCUUCAAGUACAUAAAAGAACACAUACUGGAGAGAAACCCUAUGAAUGUAAGCAGUGUGGUAAAGCUUUUUCAUGUUACAGGAUUCUUCAUAUGCAUAAAAGAACACAUACCGGAGAGAAACCCUAUGAAUGUAAUCAGUGUGGUAAAGCCUUUGCUCAAAACAGUGUUCUUCAAAGGCAUGAAAGAACACAUACUGGAGAGAAACCUUAUGAAUGUAAUCAAUGUGGUAAAGCCUUUGCUCGACAUAGUGCUCUUCAAUUGCAUGAAAGAACACAUACAGGAGAGAAACCCUUUGAAUGUAAGCAAUGUGAUAAAGCCUUUGUACAGCCCAGUCAUCUUCAAGUACAUAAAAGAACACAUACUGGAGAGAAACCAUAUGAAUGUAAACAAUGUGGUAAAAACUUUGCACAGUCUGGUUCUCUUCAAGUACAUAAAAGAACACAUACUGAACAGAAACCCUAUGAGUGUAAUCAGUGUGGUAAAGCCUUUGCUCAACAAAGUGCUCUUCAACUACAUGUAAGAACACAUACAGGGGAGAAACCUUAUGAAUGUAAAGAAUGUGGUAAAGCCUUUGUACAGCCCAGUCAUCUUCAAGUACAUAAAAAAACACAUUCUGGAGAGAAAUCCUAUGAAUGUAAUCAGUGUGGUAAAGCCUUUGCUCAAAACAGUGCUCUUCAAGUGCAUGAAAGAACGCAUACUCGAGAGAAACCCUAUGAAUGUAAACUAUGUGGUAAAGCCUUUGCACAGCCCAGUCAUCUUCAAGUACAUAAAAGAAAACAUACUGGAGAGAAACCCUAUGAAUGUAAUUAAUGUGAUAAAGCCUUUGCACAGCCCCAAAAUCUUUAAGUACAUGAAAUAAUACAUACAGCAGAGGUACUCUGUGAAUGUAAUCAGUGUGGGAAAGCUUUUGCUCAUCACAAUGCAACUGAAAGAACACAUAUGGGAGAAAAACCUUAUGAAUGUAAACAAUAUGGUAAAGCCUUUGAAUGUCAUAGUGAUCUUCAAAGGUAUAAAAGAACACAUA